UAAACAUACCGAUUGCGAGUCUCUCUCCACUGUUGACGAACUUAACUUCGACGAGUCUCCGGCGAAACAGGCGACUGAGGUGAGUCUCUUCUAUCUCCGACUAAAUUACACAGAUUGGUGUCAUUCUUCUUCUUCCAAAACCAUGGUGUUUGGACAAGUAGUAAUAGGUCCUCCUGGAUCAGGAAAGACCACUUACUGCAAUGGCAUGUCUCAGUUCCUCCCUCUUAUCGGCAGGAAGGUUGCUAUUGUUAAUUUGGAUCCUGCAAACGAUGCAUUACCUUAUGAGUGUGCUGUGAAUAUCGAAGACCUGAUUAAGUUAGAAGAUGUUAUACUGGAACACUCGCUUGGUCCUAAUGGAGGUCUUGUAUAUUGUAUGGAGUACUUGGAGAAAAACAUUGACUGGCUGGAAUCGAAAUUAAAGCCUCUUCUGAAGGAUCAUUACAUUCUCUUUGAUUUUCCUGGCCAAGUGGAGUUGUUCUUCAUUCAUAACAGUACCAAGAAUGUUCUCACGAAGCUGAUAAAAUCAUUGAACCUCAGAUUAACUGCUGUGCAACUAAUUGAUGCCCAUCUAUGUAGUGAUCCCGGGAACUAUGUAAGCGCAUUGCUUCUCUCCUUAUCCACAAUGCUUCAUAUGGAACUCCCACAUGUCAAUGUCUUGUCUAAAAUCGAUCUGAUUGGCAGCUACGGGAAGCUAGCUUUUAAUUUAGAUUUCUAUACCGAUGUUCAAGACUUGUCAUACUUGGAGCACCAUCUUGGUCGAGAUCCUCGCUCUGCUAAGUACAGAAAACUAACAAAAGAGCUAUGUAGUGUCAUUGAAGAUUACAGUCUUGUAAACUUUACAACCUUGGAUAUUCAGGAUAAAGAAAGUGUUGGGGAUCUGGUAAAGCUCAUUGACAAGAGCAAUGGAUACAUAUUUUCCGGGAUUGAUGCAAGUGUGGUUGAAUACAGCAAGAUUGCAGUUGGUCAAACUGAUUGGGAUUAUAACAGAGUUGCGGCUGUGCAAGAGAAAUACAUGAACGACGAGGACACACAAGACUGAGGAAACGAGACAGAGCUUGAAACUUCCAAAGAAGAUGAAGAACCUGGUUUAAAUCUCUCUGAACCAAACCAUGUAACGGUUUGUAUGAGCCUUUUUUUGUAUUGUUGGGUUCGGUUUUAAGUCUAAACAAUCACACAACUUACUGGUUUUGGUUCUAUGAAUAUGCUAAUUUUGAGAUGAGUAAACUAAUCAGAAUUAAUCACCUUGCUUGCACCU